CCAAUAGAUGUGAUGGAAGUAUUAUUUUUUUCAUUCCUAUUGGUUGCUUAAUUUGGACAACUGCAUUGCCACGCGCAAUGAAACCAUAGUUUGGCUAUAGUAGCGGUCUCUUGUCACUUUUGUGAGGUUAUGCUUGUUUGUGCACCAAAUUUAACAGCAGCAAAAUAAAUAAUUACUAUUGCCUUGCAGCGAAUUACCAUCAACCAUUAUUUUAUUGAUGUUUCUGUAGUGCUCAAGUUAUAAUGUCGACUGAUUUUUAUAUACGCUACUAUGUUGGUCAUAAGGGAAAGUUUGGUCAUGAAUUUCUUGAAUUCGAGUUCCGGCCUGAUGGAAAGUUACGUUACGCGAAUAAUUCUAACUACAAGAACGAUACGAUGAUUCGCAAAGAAGCGUAUGUACAUCCUUGUGUGAUGGAAGAACUAAAGCGUAUCAUUUUGGAUUCUGAAAUAAUGCAUGAAGAUGAUCGCUUGUGGCCACAACCAGAUCGUGUUGGAAGGCAGGAACUGGAGAUAGUAAUUGGCGAGGAACAUAUUUCAUUCACUACAUCUAAAACUGGAUCAUUGGUGGAUGUAAACCAAUCACGAGAUCCUGAAGGACUGCGCUGUUUUUACUACCUUGUUCAAGAUCUCAAGUGCUUAGUUUUCUCUCUCAUCGGUCUGCACUUUAAGAUUAAGCCUAUAUAAGAUUUGUAAGAUUAAAAUAAAAUAAUACCAUUUUCACACAUGAG